CCAGGCAAAGUGCCUGCAUAUCUAUAGAUCUCCACGUGGAUACCACAAGAAAAACUUGUGUUGACUUUUCGACUCUGCUAUCUCUCAUGUGUUUUCCACUUGUUUUUUAGCAAAUUGCUUUCAUGUGUGGUGGACUAUACAUUAUCAUCCGGUUGUUAAUACUUUAUUCUUUUGUAUUUUGUUGGCACUACCAUGUCUAAAAUACCGUGCAGCUUCCAUCGUCCGGCCCGAGAAUGUUUAUAUCGACGAAAUCAGAAUGAAAAUAAACGUUGUUGUUGCUAUUUCUUCCACAUUUUCUCCAAAACAAUUGCAUUUGUGGAACAGCAGCUUCAACUAUUGGCCCAGCAUUCAGUUAUUUAUAGCAGCAACAAUAGCACACAUGUAUGUGUAUGUGUGUGUGUGUGCGUAUGUGUGUAGGGGUAGCAUCCAUUUCGUCUUCGUCGCGCAGAUUCAACACAAUUUAUUACUCGAUUUAUUAGGCAAAUUCAUUAAACUAAAGAAUGCCAAAUUGUUUGCUGCUGAAAGUAAUUUUCAGCGUUAAAAACUUAAAAUUGCAGAGAAUAGAGUGGAAUGUUUUUUGUUUAGAGGGCAUUAAAAAUGCGGCUAAGACUUGGGUGAGUCGAAUUUGAUAACGAUGAUGAGCUGCGAGACGCCCCCAAAAUUAAAUCACACAACUUUGCCCGAUGAUUUGGUUUUGCCAGUAGACAAACGAACGUUGCAGCAGCAUGUGGCAAGUUAAAUUAAUAACGGUUAUAAUAUUGCUGCUGGAGUUGGAGACGGAAACAGAGGCUAUUAAAUGGCACGGCGCAGGAGCGGAUUUUUAUAAUACAGCUGCCUGGUUAAAUUACAUACCUUGUGCCAAAGAUUUGGUUGUAUUUCCGGCGUAUUAUCCGGCAGUGCUGCCACUACCUCCAGCACUGUCUGUGGGUGGCUUUAAGCUGCCACGUCAGGGUGCGCUGCUGCUGGCAGAGGAUGCGCAAAUCAAUUUGGGAGCAGCAAGCCAGAGCUGUGAGCACGAGCGGGGGCAAGCUUAUCUGCAGCCAGCGCAAGUGAGCAAAUGGUUUGAUCCACGCAGUUGGAGCAGCACGCCCACUACGAUCAACGCCCCAGAAUUAGAACGCGUGCCUUGCGAUGAUGAUCAUGUCAUUAUUAAUGCCAACAAUGGUCCAAUUGCUUUUGAUCUGGAGAACGUGCAAUUCUUACGCUUGGGUCAACUGAUACUCGCCGGCGCUAGCUUAUCGAAGCAGUAUCUGCAGGAGCUGCUGCAACGUGAACUGGGCCAGCUCUUGUUCCAAAAUGCAGCCGCUGUUAGCGUGGAAUAUUAUCGUGGUCAGCUUUGUGGCUGUCAUAAGGACUACGAGCGUCUGCUGGAGCCGGUCUGUCAUAAUGUGGAAACGCGCUGUCCAGUGCCGCACUGCGUUUCACCUCUGCGCCCGCUCGGCUCCUGUUGCUUUGUUUGUGGCGCCACCUUGACGUUGCCCAGCGAGCAUUGCCUGGCCGAGGAGCGUCAGCAGUUGCUCAAGUUCAUACAACAGGAAAUGAAGCAGCAGCAGCUGGAGCAGCAGCUGCAAUUUCAUGUGGACUAUGUGGGCUCCGCCCAGUAUGGCAACCAUCUGCAGCUCAUCAUCACCGAUCGCGAUGGCUACAGCGAGCGUAGCGUGCAGUUUAUGCACCAUUUGGUAGCACAACGUAAUCAUAGCACAUUGCUGCAUGGACAAGCCCAGCUCCAGCUCAAGUUUGCCGGACGUCCCUAUAAUCCCAAUGUCAGCUUCUUCUCUGUGCUUCUCAUGCUCUUCUGCUUGGUGCUGGUUUGUGUGGUGGCCGUCAUCAUGCUGGCUCACUUUAUGCCACAGCAUCCGUAUCUCAAUCGCAUUCCCCAGUGGAUACAUGAUCCACGUCGCUGGCGUUGGCGUCAUCUGGGCAUACGUCUGCGUCGGAAUUUGUUGUUUAAUCGUUUUGAUAAUGCCGGAGCAGCUGCAGCGGCUAACUCUGCUGUGGGACGCUUGGGUGUUAUUGGCUAUGCUGCCGAUCGGGAUGAGCUGGAGGUGCGUGAGCGAUCCUUUGAUAAUCCUAUGUUUGAACAAGAGCCUGCAACUGCUGCAACCAGUGAAGCCCCCACCAAGUCGCCUUUGGAUUUAUUGCCUGCUAAUGUGGAAGUGGGUGAUCUGGAUAGCUGCAGCGCGGAGGAGCAGGAGUUGACCGAAAUCAAUUUGGAGUCCUCGGAGUCUGAGAGCGAUGCCGAGGCUGAAACUAAAGAAUAAGUCGAUAGCUUUCAAAUUAAUCGAUAUGCCAUAUAGGCUUUUAA